AUGUCUCUCAGCUGGUGCUGGUUCUUGGUCUUGGUCGGGGUGUGGUGGCUGCGACUGAUGCUCGUGGUGGCCGAGGAGCAGCAGGGGGGAGGCUGCUCGGCCAAGAUGUGUGGCAAUGUCAUCAUCUUCCAUCCGUUCUGGCUCACAGACAUAGAGAUGGGAAGAUCAUGCGGUUCUGCUUCCUACCAGGACUUCGAUGUUGCCUGUCUUAACCGCAGUCAUCCAACUCUACGGAGCUCUGUACUCUUCAACAUCGGCUUUGAAAUCCUCAGCAUCUCUUACGACCAACGCAGCUUGUAUGCGGUUGAUCUGGACAAGCUGGAUUUAUGUCGUGCCCGCAACAGCUGCCAUGUACCGAUCUGGAACACCUCAGUCAAACUGAACGGCCCAUUUAGGAUCGACCCCGGCAACCUGAACCUCAUCCUGUACAACUGCACGGCGGCAGCGGCGGCCUCGGCACGUUGGGACAGAGGCCUCGUGCAGACGAGCGUGAGAUGCGCGAACGAGUGGGAGGUGCUUGUCCGCGCGGGAGUACCUCACGACGCCACAGGGGACUACGCCGGCUAUGCAUUGGAAGGCUGCGCUGCUACCGUCGUGCCCGUGUCGGGCUCGUCGGCGGGGCCGGGGAUAAACGGGAGCGGCUACGAGCAGCUCUUGAACGAUGGCUUCCGCUUGACAUGGAGUAGCCCGCCUCAGCCCACUCUCCUUCCACGUAAGUUCACUUCUUUGAUAUCAGCAGCUGCAGCACUGCUCUUCCCAUGUAUUUAUGUGCUGAUAUGGUAUAUGACGGGUAAAAGAAACUGGUUUCUUCUCUGGAAAAAGAAAAGCAGCAGCGCUGAAAGGCAAUAUGAGGCCAUGAUAGCGUCGUAUGGAUCACUUGCUCCAAAAAGAUACACAUACUCAGAGGUAAUGAAGAUGACGUCUUCUCGCCAUAAGCAGCUUGGUCAAGGUGGUUAUGGUGUCGUUUUCGAAGGAAAGGUACCUGAUGGUCAUCUGGUUGCUGUGAAAUUCUUGCACGACUGCAAAGGGAAUGGGGAGGAGUUUGUGAAUGAGGUUAUGAGCAUUGGCAGGACCUCUCAUGUCAAUGUUGUUAGCCUGUUUGGAUUUUGUUUGGAGGGAUCAAAACGAGCUCUUAUAUAUGAGUACAUGUGCAAUGGUUCCUUGGAUAGAUACAUUUACUCAGACAACCCAAAAGAAAUUUUAGGAUGGGAGAGGCUGUAUGCGAUAGCGAUUGGGAUAGCCCGUGGACUGGAAUAUUUGCACCAUAGUUGUAAUACACGGAUCAUUCAUUUUGACAUUAAGCCUCAAAAUAUCCUUCUAGACAAGGAUUUUUGUCCAAAAAUUGCCGAUUUUGGUCUUGCAAAACUGUGCCGUAACAAGGAGAGCAAGCUUUCAAUGAUUGGUGCUAGAGGUACAAUUGGAUUCAUUGCUCCAGAAGUUCACUCACGAAACUUUGGACUUGUUUCAACAAAGUUAGAUGUUUAUAGUUAUGGAAUGAUGUUGCUAGAGAUGGUUGGAGGCAGGAAAAAUGUGAAAUCAAUGGCUGAAAAAUCAAGCGAAAAAUAUUUCCCAGAUUGGAUUUAUGAUCACUUUGCUCAAGACGAUGGAUUAGAAGCAUGUGAAGUUACAAAUGAUAUUGAGGAAAUUGCAAGUAAGAUGACCCUGAUUGGCUUGUGGUGCAUACAAGUAUUACCUGUGUAUCGUCCUAGUAUAACAAAAGUGGUAGAAAUGUUCGACAAAAGCUUAGAUGACAUGGCCAUGCCACCGAAGCAAAACUUCAGUGGACUACUGAUCGCCUCCGACAACCUGAACCUCAUCUUGUACAGAUGCACGCAGGCCGCAGCGGCGGCUGUGAUACAUCGGGACAGAGAGCUGGUGCAGACGAGGAUGAGGUGCGAGAACAAAAGCGAGGUGUUUGUUCGUGCAGGAGACCAUUACAACGAGAUGAGCAGCUACGGCAGCUACAAGGGCUGCGACGCUGCCGUCAUGCCUGUGCUGCGCUCGUCAGGCGAGGCAAACGCGGACAACUACGAGCAGCUCAUCAACAAUGGCUUCCUCCUGACAUGGAAGCGCCCUCUUUCUACACCUGCACGUGCAACCUGCGACCGCACGCUUGUGAUCUAA